AUGUCGUUCAACAGAGACUCGGUCGCUCCGUCUGCAACUCCUACACUGCACGGUGACGAUCCAGAGCACCCCGUCGUCCCGCGCAAACCAUCCCCCAAGGUCGACGACAGCCCCCCCAGCGUUCCUGCCGAGUGUCCCCAGGUCUCCACCAUCCCAAAUAACACACAAUCGCUCGCACACGACACUCCCCAGGUCCUCGUCGUCGACUGGAAUGGUCCAGAUGACCCCGAGAAUCCAAAAAACUGGUCAUUCAAGAAGAAAUGGGCUGCCACCGCAAUCGUGUCUGCCUUCACCUUCAUAAGCCCAGUAUCCUCCUCCAUGAUAGCUCCCGCCAGCGACCAACUCGCUGCAGAAUUGGGCAUCACCAACAGCGCAGUCAUCGCACUCGUUACGUCUAUAUUCGUGUUGGCCUACGCCGUCGGUCCGCUCUUUCUCGGUCCCCUCAGCGAGCUCUACGGCCGCUCCAAAGUCAUCCAGCUCGCCAACCUGUGGUAUCUCGCCUGGAACUUGGGCUGCGGCUUUGCCCAAAACCAAGGCCAGCUUAUCGCUUUCAGGUUUCUCGCAGGUCUCGGCGGCAGCGCUCCGUUGGCGAUUGGCGGCGGCGUCCUUGGCGACUGCUGGCGCACCGAAGAGCGUGGCCAGGCGAUUGCCGUGUAUUCGCUCGCGCCCCUCCUUGGCCCCGUGAUCGGCCCUGCGUGCGGCGCAUGGAUCGCAGACCGCUCCACAUGGCGAUGGGUUUUCUGGUCGACGAGCAUCGUCGAUGGGGUCGUGCAGUGCCUCGGCGUGCUGUUUCUGCGCGAGACGUUUGCCCCGCUUUUGUUAGAGCGACGAGCGGAAGCGAUGCGUAAGAGUAUGGAUAUAGAAAAGGCACGGUUGAUCAACGUGUGCACCGUGUAUGACAAUACGGACAGACACUGGAAGCACAUCUUUGCCAAGGCGCUCGUGCGCCCAUUCCAGCUCUUCUUCCACGAGCCGAUCAUCCAGCUUUUGGGAAUCUACAUGGCAUUCAUCUACGGCACCCUCUACCUAUUCCUGACAACCAUCGACAGUAUUUUCGAAGACACCUACCACCAAAGCGUCGGCAUCGCGGGGCUCAAUUAUUUUGCCCUCGGCGUGGGCUUGACCGGCGCGUCGCAAAUGAACGCGCGGCUGCUGGAUACGAUUUACAAGUACUUCCAGGCCAGGAAUGGGGGUGUGGGUAAACCCGAGUUCCGCUUGCCGUCAAUGGUGCCUGGGACAAUCGUGCUGCCUAUUGGACUGUUCAUCACGGGAUGGACAGCGAAUGCUCAUACGCAUUGGAUAGGGCCGGAUAUCGGCAUCGCGCUAGUGGGGGCAGGCACCAUCCUGAACUUCCAAUGUAUCCAGACAUACGUCAUUGACGCCUUCACACUGCACGCUGCGUCCGCGCUAGCGGCGGUGACGUUCCUGCGCUCGUGUGCGGGCUUUGGUUUCCCGUUGUUUGCCCCGGCGAUGUACAACGCGCUGGGGUACGGCAAAGGCGACUCUAUCCUUGCUGCAGUGGCCAUCCUCAUUGGGUGUCCUGCACCAUAUCUCUUUUGGACGUACGGCGAGCGAAUACGAAAGGCGAGCCGAUACGCGCGCAAAUGA